AUAUUAUUACAAUUUUAAAUUAUGUUUUUUUAUUUUAAUAUACUUUAAAAUAUAAUAUAUUUCUGUGAUGCAAAGCUGAAUUGUCAGCAUCAUUACUCCAGUCUUCAGUGUCACAUGAUCCUUCAGAAAUCAUUGUAAUAUGCUGAUUUAUUAUCAAUGUUGGAAACAGUUGUGCUGCUUAAUAUUAUUUUAUAACCUGUGAUACUUUUUCAGGAUUCUCUGAUGAAUAAAAAGUUAAAAAAUAUCAGCAUUUAUUUAAAAUAGAAAUCUUUUGUAACAAUACACACUACCAUUCAAAAGUUUGGGGUCAGUAAUUUUUUUUCUUUCUUUUUUUUGAGAGAAAUUAAUACUUUUAUUCAGCACGGAUGUGUUAAAUUGAUAAAAAGUGAUAGUAAAGAUUUAUAUUGUUAGAAAAGAUUUAUAUUUUGAAUAAAUGCUGUUCUUUUUAACCUUUUAUUCAUCAGUGAAUCCUGAAAAAAGUAUCACGGGUUCCAAAAAAAUAUUAAGCAGCACAACUGCUUUCAACAUUGAUAAUAACUGAGUAUCAAAUCAGCGUAUUACAAUGAUUUCUGAAGGAUCAUGUGACACUGAAGACUGGAGUAAUGAUGCUGAAAAUUCAGCUUUGCAUCACAGAAAUAAGUUAUAUUUUAAAGUAUAUUAAAAUAGAAAAACAUCAUUUUAAAUUGUAAUAAUAUUUCACAAUAUUAUUGUUUUUUCUAUUUAUUAUGAAAUAAAUGCAGCCUUAAUGAGCAUAAGAGACUUCGUUCAAAAACAUUAAAAAUAGUAAUGUUAACAAACUUAUACAUUACUGGUCAAAAUAUAUAUAUAUAGCCUAUCAGUGUUUUUUUUCACCAGUGAUCACCAAAACUGCUUGGUUACCAACAUUCUUCAAAAUAUUUCCUUUUGUGUUCUACAGAAAAAGUAAAGUAAUGCAGGUUAGGGUUAAUAAAUAAUGACAGAACUUUAAUUUUUUCAGUGUAGUUCAUGGUACCUUUUUACCUGAGAAGUCACGGUGUUAUUAAUACAUACGUGUCAGAACUUUCUCCUACACCUUUCCGUUGUGUACUUUCAUAUGUAUAUGGGCCAGAGAGUAUAUAGACACCACUGAGGGUCAAAUGCUGUUCAUGUUCCAUUCCUGUAUCAGCAAAUUCGUACAUCAUGCUGCUCAGUGUCUGUCUCCUGCUGUCUGUCUUCUCUCUGUCCGGAGGGUUAGAGAGUGGUAUUGUAGGAGGCAUAGAGGUUAAACCUCAUUCCAGACCAUACAUGGCAUCUCUCCAGUAUAGAAGACAACAUAUGUGUGGAGGGAUGCUGAUUAAGGAUGAUUAUGUGCUGACAUCAGCCCACUGUUGGAAUAAGACCCCCGACUACUUAUUAGAAGUUGUUCUGGGAGCUCACAAUAUCAGCCAGAAUGAGCACAGCCAGCAGAUAAUCAAAGUAGAGGAGUACAUCCCACAUCCCAGUUAUACAAACAAAAACUUCACCUACGAUAUUAUGUUACUAAAGUUGAAGACUAAAGCUGUGCGGAAUGAGUUUGUGGAUGUUAUUGAUCUACCUAAGAACAAUGAAAAUAUUCCCGCCCAUGUGGAAUGCUUCAUUGCUGGCUGGGGUAUGACAAAACCCGGAGGAAAAGCAUCAAGUGUUCUGCGGGAAGUCAGCGUCAAGUUGCAGUUCAGCUUUGAAUGUAAAAAAAAGUGGCAGGAAUAUUUCAACUCUGAGAAAAUGAUCUGUAGUGUCUCAGAUGGGAAAAAGGCUUUCUGUCAGGGUGAUUCUGGCAGUCCUCUUUUUUGCGACUCUAACCUUCAAGGAAUGGCUGCAUACACAUAUCAUUCUGACUGUACAUCCAAAAAGUAUCCUGAGGUCUACAUGAAAAUAUCUGCCUUCCUUCCAUGGAUUAGGAAGCACAUUAAGUGAUUGAAACAUCAUCAAACAUUUAUGCACCUAAAUCAUGUGAAUAAUUAGGAACCUUAAUUUUUCGCUACUCCCUGCUGCCAUUUCCAGUUUUUGAACUUCAU